AUGGAGACAUCGCUGACUGAAGACCAGGAACGAACACCACCCAUGGAUGCUUCAUUAAUUCCGGCAGCGGGGCGUGUGUUCAAAACACUAAAUGAAGGUAUCCACUGCUACAUGUCCUACGCUCGAACCGUUGGCUUUGAUGUCCGUUGUAGCUCGGUGAAGCGCAACAGAGCCGAGGAAAUCUACUCACGAUACUUAGUGUGCAAUCGGCAAGGGAUCAAAGGCGGUGGCAGACUACCCAGUGUUCAUGACCGGGUUGUCAACGCUGGGGAUAACCGUGAGCACCGCCGUCGGCUUUCUAAUAGAGUCAACUGCAAAGCAAGGAUCGGUUUUAAGAAAAAAAAAAGCACCGGGGAGUUCGUUGUGACCGUUUUUGAAGAAGAACAUACUCAUAAGUUGUGCACGGAGUCUUCUAAAGUGUUUAUGCGGAUAAACCGACGACUGAAUGUUGCCCAACAAGCUUUCUUAGGUAACUGUGUGAAAGCAAACAUCGGUGCAUCAACGGGGUUGCGGUUUUGCAAAGAGACCACUGGAUCAUAUGCAAAUGUGGGCGCUACAGACGUGGAAUUUCACAAUUUUAAACGAGACGUCCAAACAUAUGUUGAUGUAGCUGAUGGCGAGAUGAUUAUCGCAACGUUCAAAGCCAAACAAGAAAUGUGUAGAGACUUUUUUUUUGACUACCAUCUAGAUGAGGAGAACCGGUUGUCCCGCUUAUUCUGGGCUGACCCCCGUGGUAGGCGCAAUUUUUCUUGCUAUGGCGAUAAUAUAUCAUUCGACGCAACGUAUGGGACAAACAGGUAUGCAGUUGCAAUUUGA